AUGAAUUUAACCAGGUGGAGUCAGCUGACCUGUGGUCAGUCUCGUCCCCUCGUCUUCACUCAGGGACACACGGUGUGUAACCGCUCCUUCUUCCCAUGCUUCGACACACCAGCUGUGAAGAGCACGUACACGGCAACCAUCAGGGUACCAGACGGUGUGACGGUUCUGAUGAGUGCGUCUCAGAGCUCGUACUCUAAGCUGGAUCGGGUCUUCCAGUUUUCCAUGGAGUUCCCCGUCCCAUCCUACCUGGUGGCGCUGGUGGCCGGCGACCUGCAGCACGUUGACGUCGGCCCGAGGAGUCGCGUGUGGGCGGAGCCAUGUCUGCUGCCCUGCGCGGUGAAGAAGCUAGGGGGUAGCGUGGAGCGCUGGCUCGGCGUGGCCGAAGAUCUGUUCGGACCUUACCUGUGGGGCAGGUGCGACAUCGUCUUCCUUCCCGCUUCCUUCCCCAUCGUCGCCAUGGAGAACCCCUGCCUCACCUUCAUCAUCGCCUCCAUCCUGGAGAGCAACGAGUUCCUGCUGAUCGACGUCAUCCACGAGAUCGCCCACGGCUGGUUCGGCAACGCCGUCACCAACGCCACCUGGGAGGAGAUGUGGCUGAGUGAAGGCCUCGCCACGUACGCGCAGCGAAGGAUCACCACCGAGGCCUACGGCGAGGCCUUCACCUGCCUCGAGGCUGUGGUGCGCCUGGACGCCCUGCACAGACAGCUGCGCCUCCUUGGAGACAACAACCCUGUGAGCAAACUGCAGGUCAAGUUUGAACCAGGUGUGAACCCCAGCACUCUCAUGAACCUGUUCACCUACGAGAAAGGCUUCUGCUUUGUGUCGUACCUGUCUGAGCUCAGCGGAGACGUCCGGCGAUUCGACGGCUUCCUCAGGGACUACAUCUCAGAGUUUAAGUUUAGGAGCGUGCUCGCUCAGGACCUCAUUGAUUACUUCCUGCGAUGCUUCCCGGAGCUGCAGGAUGCUGCUGUCACUCAGAGAGAAGGUCUAGAGUUUGAACGCUGGCUGUGCGGCUGUGGGCCACCACCAUUUGAACCAGACCUGUCAGCAGGGAGCACCCUGAUCGGGCCGGUCCAGAAUCUGUGCGACCUGUGGAGGGGCAGUAACCCACCUGACCAUCAGACUCUCGCACCCUUUGACCUGUCGACCUGGAGCACCUUCCAGGUAGUUCUGUUCCUGGACCGCAUGUUGGACCACUCUCCGCUACCUAACGAGUUGAUGGCGAGUUUCUCUGGCUCCUACUCGUCCCUGUUUGAUGAUUUGAAUGCUGAAGUCCAGAUCCGCUGGCUGCAGAUGGUGGUGAGGAACACGUUCUACCCUGACCUGCCGCGAGUCCGAGCCUUCCUGCACAAACACACCUCCAGGAUGUACACCGUGCCGCUGUAUGAGGACCUGGUUUCCGGGGUGAUGAAGUGCGUUGCCGUGGAGAUCUUCUACCAGACGCAGCGCCGCCUGCACCCAAACCUCAGACGAACGUUGCAGCAGAUCCUGUUCCCAAACAACUCAGUACCAAUCAAUCAGAACAGCCUGGCGCCGCCCACUGCGGGUGGCCCCGCCCCCUCUAGUUCACCACCUCAAACUGCUGCUACCACCGCCGCUGCUACUGCCGGGAAGACCGCCACCAUUGCGCUGCGGGACGUGAACGUCUCUGCGUGA